AAAUAGCUGAAAACUGUCAAUUGAAAGAAACAUGUCACUCCUAGGUUUAUGCUUAUUGUUUCCUUUGAGAAUGACAAAUCAGAUUUGAGAGUUUUCAGAAAAGCACCACAAUGUGAUGCAUCAGACAAACAUCUUCGAAGCAUAUAAAAAUCAGAAAGAUUGGAUCUUUCUUUGCUUUGUUACUUCAUCUUCUUCGUCCAAUAAGUAUUUAGAUUCAAGUUUCGAUUUUUCUAAAAUCAAAUUCGUUCGUCUCUCUUUCUUCCAUAUCUCUCUGCUUCUUUAAAAGUCUCAAUCUUUACUUCUGGGUUUCUGUUUAAAAAAAGACCCUUUAUCGUAAACCUUGUCCGAUUGGAUUUUCGUUACCAAAAUAGAGAAGCUCUGGAUUCUUCUGUGAGGAGCUUUUAGAUGAAAGUGAUGGUAACGGAGAUGGAGGAAGGGGUUAAAGACAAUGGUGCAUCAACCCCUAAAUCGAGAGUCACAAACCAAUGUAGAGUUCUUUUGUCGAUGCGUCUGCUUCAGAUUUUGUUAUUGUUUCUUGUGUUGACUCUUGGGAUCUCAGUAGUUAGUAUACACAUGAUCAAGUUCUUGAAGAUUCAACAUUUGGAUCCUGUGGCUCCAACCACGUUGAUCUCUAUGUACGGUCGUGGGACUGUUACUUUAGAUAGCUUUAUUAGGCCUCCUUCCAAUGUUUGGCACACGAUGAAUGACAGUGAAUUGCUUUGGCGUGCUUCGAUGGAGCCACAGAGAAAUGGGUAUCCGUUUAAAAGGGUUCCUAAAUUGGCUUUCAUGUUUCUCAGCAAAGGUCCUUUACCAUUUGCUCCACUCUGGGAGAGGUUCUUUGAAGGAUAUGAGGGUCUUUACUCAAUCUAUGUUCAUGCAUUGCCUUAUUACAAAUCGGAUUUUUCGAGGUCAUCUGUGUUUUACAGAAGAUAUAUCCCUAGUCAGGCUGUGGCAUGGGGAGAGAUGAGUAUGGGGGACGCUGAAAGGAGGCUUUUGGCUAAUGCUUUGCUCGAUAUCUCUAAUGAAUGGUUCAUUCUGCUGUCUGAAUCAUGCAUUCCUCUGCGCGGUUUCGGCUUUAUCUAUAGUUAUGUCUCUGAAUCAAGAUAUAGUUUCAUGGGUGCUGCUGAUGAGGAAGGACCUGAUGGAAGAGGUAGAUACCGGACUGAAAUGGAACCAGAGGUCAAACUAAGCCAGUGGCGAAAAGGGUCUCAGUGGUUUGAAAUUAACCGGAAACUCGCUGUUGAGAUUGUUCAGGACACUACUUACUAUCCCAAAUUCAAAGAGUUUUGUAGACCUCCAUGUUAUGUUGAUGAACAUUACUUUCCCACAAUGCUGUCUAUGAAACAUCGGCUUUCGUUGGCCAACCGGACAAUGACAUGGACAGAUUGGUCACGUGGUGGUGCUCAUCCAGCUACUUUUGGCAAGGCUGAUAUAACAGAAAGUUUUCUCAAGAAGCUUCCGGGAGCCAAGUCCUGCCUCUACAAUGAUCAGAAGUCUCAAAUCUGUUAUCUCUUUGCUAGAAAGUUUGCUCCAAGCGCAUUGGAGCCCUUACUGCAACUUGCACCCAAGAUUCUUGAGUUGGGUUCUAACAGAUCUUCCACUCGUCGCUCGUGGUUUUUGUUUUGAUAAAGUGUUUGUGUUUAGAGUAUGAUCAUGGACAGAAUCUGAUCAUAAAUUAAUCAAACAGGUAUUGUGAUGGUUUUAAACAUAUUUUUGACGUGACAGAUUAUUGAAUAAAGAUAGGUUUGAGUUCUU